UUACAGUGCUAUUGGCUGAACCAGGCGAUAUAAGAGCUGCUACAGACAUACAUUACAUGGGAUAUCAGUAUAUAACUUAUACACGGUGACUGCCCAGCAGGUAAGUGAGAAAUGAAUCAGCCGGGUAUUAUUUGCACGCAGCACGUCUUCCACGAACUCAGGUUCUUCGUUGUACUGAAGGCUUUGCCUCUAGCAAGAUGGCGCUGAAACUUCCUUUUCCGGUGUUGUGGCGGAAGUGCUGUCACGAGAAAGAUGGCGGAGAGCAGGAGCGCUCUGUACUGCCCCCAAGAGAGAGAGGAGCGGGUAUCGCUGACCCCCAAUGUCGGGCUGUACGUGCUGGGGCUCCUGUCUCUGCUCAGCGCCGUGCGGGUGUCGGAGGCCACUACUCACUGGGUCGUUACGGAGGAUGGAAAGAUCCAGCAGCAGGUGGACUCCCCCAUGAACCUGAAGCACCCCCACGAUCUAGUCAUUUUAAUGAGGCAAGAGGCCACCGUGGGCUACCUCAAAGAGCUGGAGAAGCACUUGGUCGCUCAGAAGAUCCACAUUGAGGAGAACGAGGACAGAGACACGGGCCUGGAGCAGAGACAUUACAAAGACGACCCCGACUGUAUAAAAGCCAAAGUGCCUUUGGGAGACCUAGACUUGUACGAUGGCACCUUUAUUUCACUGGAAAGCAAGGACAUCAGCCCCGAAGAUUACGUAGAUCUGCACAGUGCGUUGCCUCCCGACUUACUGCCGCCAGACUGCACGAAGAUCAUCGAGCUUCCAUUUAGCAUUCACGCCUUCCACCAUCUCCGGGGCAUUCAGGAGAGGCUGAACCUUUCCGCUCCACUGUUGCCUAAAGAAGACCCCAUAUUCGGUUCCCUGCCCCGGCGGCUAGGCAGAACCAUCGAUGAGAUGGGCCACAGAAUACACGAAGGCCUUCUGAAGAAUGCCACCUCGUGGGUUCUAUAUAACAUGGCAUCUUUUUACUGGAGGAUAAAAAACGAGCCAUACCAAGUUGUGGAGUGCGCCAUGCGAGCGCUUCACUUUUCUUCCAGACAGAACAAAGACAUUGCACUGGUGAACACGGCGAAUAUUUUGCAUCGGGCGCAUUUCUCCGCAGAUUCGGCCAUUUUGGUCCACGCGGCCCUUGACGUGUCCAGUGACUUCCUCACCAGUCACUACACCCUGGGGAAUAUAUAUGCAAUGCUCGGGGAAUACAACCACUCAGUGAUGUGUUAUGAUCGUGCUCUGCAAGUGAAGCCGGGGUUCGACCAUGCGAUAAAGAGAAAACACGCCGUCCUCUGCCAGCAGAGAUUGGAACAGAAACUGGAGGCCCAGCACAGGUCCCUCCAGAGGACCCUGAACGAGCUGAAAGAGUAUCAGAAGCAGCACGAUCAUUAUCUGAGGCAGCAGGAGAUCCUGGAGAAGCACAAACUCAUCCAGGAGGAGCAAAUUUUACGCAACAUCAUCCACGAAACCCAAAUGGCCAAGGAGGCCCAGCUGGGGAACCAUCAGAUAUGUCGCAUCAACCACAAGCACAACUUGCACUGCCCGUGGGACCUUCCCGUGCGCUACCACAGAGGAGACAUUUUUGAGAACGUGGAGCAGGUCUUGUUUGGUGAUGACACGUCGUUCGCACACAUGACAUCUGGGAACCUUGAAGUCCCCACAAACCAGAGCGUCUUACUUGAUCGCCCCCUCGUUCCACGUUCUCCCGUUAAAGUGUGGGACAUGGGAGCGGAUAGUUUUGGUCAAGAGCCAAACCAACUGUGGCCUCACAAAGCAGAAUGUGUCAAGCGUUUUCCAACUAUUCCUGCACCUGAAGAUCUUCCAACGUACUACCUACCUCCUGAGCAGAGAGUCCUGGGGGUCAUUCCAGUGGUAUCAAAGCUGAUAGACACAGGAGCUGACACUCAGACUCCAGACUGCACAUCUGUUAGUGAUGUGCGCAGAAACGAAAGCCUGAACCAACUGCUGCUAGAGCUGGAGAGCAGGAUGGACCUGAAGCAACUGAAGCCUGACCCCCACGCCAAACAGAUUUUGCUUUCCCGAGCCAAUAACAUCAGUGUGUCUGAAGAGGAAAUUGCAGCCUCCCUUUCUCACUUUCUAGCAAACCCAGUGGGUCCCAUCUGGUCCGCGCUGAACGAAGCCGCUUUAUAUUGGCGCUCUGUAGGGAACAGCACCCAAGUCCUGGCCUGUUUGCGUAGGGCAUUGAACCUCUCUCCGCCCCAACAACAACACAUUCCAUUGGUCAAUCUGGCCAAUUUACUAACGCACUACGGCUUUCACUCGGACGCCAGCAAGCUGCUCCUUCAAGCGUUGGCCAUCGACCAAUCAGAGGUGAGGCUUCGUUGCCUGCUGUACUAUUCACGUCGGCUCUUUUUCUUCCCCCCCCCAGCAGGACAUUGCCACCCAGGCCAUAAUAAAGAUGGUCAUGAUGCACAGAAAUAUUUCCGCACUUACCCACAAUCCUUUGAGGAAGCAGAUGGCACAAGAGCGGAAGUGGCUACUGAUGAGAAGACGGUGGAAUCGAGACCCUCUAGUCUACAGCUCGAGAACGUCAUCUUGGCUGACAAUAUCAGCACCGAGGAGAAGGAGACGGCAGGAGAAGCUCCCAUGUCGGAGGAAAUGCUGGCCUUGGUGGAUGAGUUUGAAAACUCGUGGCCCCUGGAAGCCUUUGAGGGGGCUCUGGAGCUCAAGGGCCGUCGGAUGGAUCUACAAGGUAUCAGAGUCCUGAAGAAGGGGACAGAGGAUGGUCAGUCUUGCUUCGGAGACUGUGACGAUGAUGAUGAGGCUGAGUGGAUCACCUUUCAGGUGAAACGUCUCAAGAAACCAAAGAUGGACGGAGCAAGCUCUGCUGAUCUCAUGGACGCGGCAGACGAAGAAGCGCCUGACGGAGACCGUGACUACCAAGCUGCGCUAGAAAUUAGUGGCCCAAAGAUACCAGCCCCCGACCCGCAAGGUAAGAGACCCGACUACCAGAAAUUGGGAUGGCCGAGCCCCGAUGAGUGUUUGAAGCAUCGAAGGGUGGAACUCUCUACAGUGGCCAGCACGUGGCUAGCAGUGUCUGCUAAAAAUAUAGAUAUCACGGAACACGUGGACUUUGCCACCGCUCUUCAAGAGCCGGGGGUGGAGCCUCUGUGUAACGCCAACCUGGCCACCAGCAUGCACACGUUGGACCACCUGUACGGCGUAGCAAACCGCGCUGCUAUACACUACACAGGAGAAAGCCAACUCAAGGAGGUUCUACAGAAUUUGGGGAAGGACAAGUACCUCCCUCAGUCGCUGGAGCAAGUAGGAACCCGGAUAAUGAAAGUCUUAGAGAAGAACCAGACAUCGUGGGUUCUGUCCAGCAUGGCCGCUCUCUACUGGAGGGUUAAGGGCCAAGGCAAGAAAGCAAUAGACUGCUUACGGCAGGCCCUCCACUAUGCUCCAUAUCACAUGAAGGAUGUGCCCCUCAUCAGCUUGGCAAACAUCUUUCACAAUGCCAAACUGUGGAACGAUGCCAUAAUUGUGGCCACCAUGGCGGUGGAGAUUGCUCCUCACUUCGUGGUCAAUCACUUCACUCUGGCCAAUGUGUAUGUAGCAAUGGAGGAGUAUGAGAAGGCGAUGCGAUGGUACGAGUCCACUCUGAAGCUCCAGCCAGAAUUUGCCCCCGCCAAGGACCGAAUUCGUGCCAUUCAGUGUCACCUGUUGAUGAAGAAGGGGAGGUUGUCUCCUUAGUGUCCCCCUUUCCUCGGCAUCAUUGGUUUUAAACCCCCCUCCAUAACCGUUUUAUUGAUCUUGCAAGGUGGGCUCACGGCUCAAGGAUGGGGGCGUCGGCUCUGUACAAGGACAGGGAGACAAAUCCAUUGCUUUUACCAGAGCGGGGGCACAGGCGGGAUUUUUAAAUCGUUGAGGUUUUCAAUUUUUUAUGUUUUGAACCGUUGCUUUGGGGAGUGUUGUUAUAAGCAGGGGGAGAACGGUGCUUUCUUAUUAAAUCUCGGGGCAGCAGGGAGUGACCAAAUCUUUAUCAGAGGCAAACGGGGCGGGAUGGCUCUUAAUGCAUUUAAUAUAAUAUAUAUUAUAAUAUAAUGGUAUAAACAUG